AUGUCUUUGCCUACCACGCAAUUCAAGAUAGCUGCGCGCGCUGUGCGCACGCAUGUGCGGUGUCUGGCCACGCCGUCUUCGUCCAAGGGCCGCUUUAGUCAGACGCUCGAGGACGGCCCUUCGUUCGACGACUUCGUUGCGGACAGAGUUCCGGAGAGGGUCGUAUUGGGGAACACCACUGCCACCGGGCGCAGACCUCGGCUUCCGUCAUACUUGAAGACAACCAUUCCCAAAGGCGCCUCCUUCUCCAAAAUUAAGAAGGACAUUCGUGGUCUGGGUCUUCAUACCGUCUGCGAGGAAGCACGAUGCCCAAACAUCGGCGACUGCUGGGGCGGCAAGGAGGGCGCUACUGAAGCGGAAGGCAAGAAGGGUGCUACUGCCACCAUUAUGCUCAUGGGAGACACCUGCACUCGUGGAUGCAGAUUCUGCUCGGUGAAGACCAACAGGAAGCCAGAGCCGCUUGAUGUACAUGAGCCAGAGAACACUGCUGAAGCUAUCAGCCGCUGGGGCCUGGGUUACAUUGUCCUGACCAGCGUGGACCGCGAUGACCUUGCUGACGGUGGGUGUCACCACUUUGCCGAGACUAUCAUGAAGAUCAAGCAGAAGGCUCCGCAAAUACUGGUAGAGGCCCUGACUGGCGACUUCUGGGGCAACUUAGACCACGUCUCAGUCGUGGCGAAGUCAGGCCUGGACGUCUACGCUCACAACAUCGAGACUGUCGAAGCCCUCACGCCAUUUGUCCGUGACCGUCGCGCGACGUUCCGACAGAGUCUGGCCGUCCUUGCGCACGCAAAGAAGGAGGGCGUUCGGGUGACCAAGACAAGCAUGAUGCUCGGUGUCGGCGAAAACGAGGACCAGAUCAUGCAUGCCCUACGAGAGCUACGUAACAUUGACGUGGACGUGGUGACGUUCGGCCAAUACAUGCGGCCCACAAAGCGGCACAUGAAGGUGGACCGUUAUGUCGAGCCGGCCGAGUUCGAUCGCUGGAAGCAAGUAGCGGAAGACAUGGGCUUCCUGUAUGUUGCCAGUGGACCGCUCGUCCGUAGCAGCUACAAGGCUGGUGAGUUCUACAUAGAGAACGUCUUGAAGGGCAAAGGCGCGCAACGGCGAGCCAACAACACUCUUGCCGCCGAACAGAUGCUUGGGGCCGAGGCGAAAGCUCAGUCAUGA